UUUGACUUCAGACAGUGAGACAAAAAAAAAGUCAAAUGUGUUUUUGCACAGGGUAUGUAAACUUCUGGCUUCAACUGUACAUAGUACAGCCAUAGCCGAAACCAUUGAUACCCCUUUGGUGCCAAUUGUUUUGCGUAUGUGUGAAUAAGGCUUUCAAGCUUUAUAAAAAAAAAAAAGAUUGUAUAGUAAUUGGCAGUUGUUUGUGCAGAUAAGCUAGCUAAGAUAGCGAACAGAUUUUUAGAGGGCAUAUUUCAGCCUUUUACUUCCUACUGUCAUGCAAGAUUUAUUGGGACAUAUAUUCACAAGUUAACGCCUAGCUAAAAUCACAGUUGUCUCCACAGCAUUUGGUUAUUUUUUCAGAGCUGAAUUCAAAUUUGAAAGUUCAAAAGUCAAAGGCAACCACCGAGGCCUCAUUCAAAGUGUCUGGCCUCAGCUAUUGUUGGGUGAAGUGGUGGUGGGUUUUUUUUUUCCCAUCACUUAAUGUUUUUCCUGGCCUCAAAAAGAAGUUCAAGUUGUUUUUUAGCCUUCUGAGGAUUUGGAGGCAACAGAGGGCGGAAGCAGAACGCCUCCUCAUCCUGAUGACCAAUCGCAGGCUGUCAUCACCCUGAUCGUCAGCUUGAUGUGUUCUUACUUCUUUCUCCGCAUCGAAUGCUCACAAGCACUUCAUCGGCAGGAAGGUGAACACUUGUAUGAUCUGUUUUGGAUGUGCGGCAUAUUUGUCUUGUGCUUUGUCGAGAUGGAAUGGAACGGAACACUGAUGCUCAGUCUUGGUGGCUACGUAGAGAUAGAAAAGUACAGAUAUGUUUAUUUGAUGUUUUUCAUGGCACUCUAUGUUGUCAUUCUCUGCUGUAAUUGCAUCAUAAUUUGUGUUAUUUGGAUUCACAGGAACCUUCAUGAGCCCAUGUACAUUUUCAUUGCCGCUUUGUCUCUCAACUCGCUUGUGUUCAGCACUGUUAUCUACCCCAAACUGAUUGUGGACGUCUUGUCUCAGCAGCAGAGAAUUUCUUAUUCCGACUGUUUGGUCCAGAUAUUUCUUUUCUAUAGUUUAGCUGGUUCUGACCUAAUGCUGUUGACAGCCAUGGCUUACGACAGGUUUGUGUCCAUCUGCAGGCCGCUGCAAUAUGCAACUACCAUGGGCGUGACCAAUGUCAGACUUGUUUUGGCUUUGGUUUGGUUUUGGCCCACCUGUCACAUUGUGGUGGUAACCAUCCUUCAGUCCAAACAAAAACUAUGUAACUUUAUUUUGGGGGGAAUUUUUUGCAAUACUACAAUGAUGAAGAUUCAUUGUACGUUACCAAUGUUGCUCACUGUGUGGUCGUUAAUUAGUCUCAUAAACACGAGUGUCAUUCCUAUGCUGUUCAUCCUCUUCACAUACAUAAAGAUAUUUAUUGUCAUCUAUCAUAGCCACGGAGAAGUCCGGAAAAAAGCAAUAGAUACGUGUUUGCCUCACCUGACUGUUUUAUUGACCUUUUCCUGUUUGCUUGUCUUUGACGUUUUGAUAGGGCUACUGGAGUCGGUGCUUCCAAAAACUGUGCGACUGAUUAUGAGUCUCCAAAUAGUGGUGUACAAUCCUUUGUUCAAUCCGUUAAUAUAUGGCUUGAAGAUUAAAGAAAUCUGGAAACCAAUCAAGAGAAUGUUGUUCUGUUGCAAUCAUGAUGAAUUCAUCAAAAAUCAGGUGAAAUGA